AUGGACGUUGAAGUAAAACAAUCCGCCAUCCCAGGCGCCGGCCGCGGUCUCUUCGCCACCAAAGACUUCGAACCUGGCGACAUUGUCCUCUCUCUCGACCGGCCAUAUGUCGCCGAACUGGACAUCGACCGCUUGUGCGACACUUGCGCCUGGUGUUUCCAACGACUGCCAGCUGGCUUCGUACAGACGAAAGCUUGCACGGGAUGCAAGAAAGUGCGGUAUUGCUCCAAGACCUGC